CGUGCACAGUGGUGGAGAGAGCGGGCGAGAGAGUGAGAGCAAAAAAAAGCAUUGGAAAACCUCUUUUAGUAGUGCAACUGCUCAGAAGAAAAUAAAACUCAACCAAACAUUCGAACGAGCUGUAACUGUGAGCGCGAGCAAGACAACUGCACAUUAUACAAGCAAGACAAAAUAAACAAGCAGCAGCUGAAAUACAUGGAUACACCAUAAACACACACACAUACAUACACCGACAUACACAACCACAUGCACACACACACAAACGCCAGAAUAAUAAUAAGAAAAGGAAUAAAAAACCAAUUUUGAGUAAGCAGCACAGGUUGACAACAAAAGACAUUUUUAUUUUGCAGGUUGUGCGAAAACAGGGACACGAAUAAAAACUAAAAAAAUUAAUCCAUAAAUAAUUUAUAAAUAAUAAAACGUGCAACCAAAAUAAAAUAACAAACAGUGAAACAACAAAACGAUACGAAAAGCAAGAAAACUAUCAAACACUCAAAACUUCCAAUACCGAAACGUCGAAGAAGAAGAAGAGAAAAAAAAACGUAAAAUAUUUUGACCACACGCGAAACACAAAAAUUUUGAAUUCAAGAGAAGGAAAAAAAAGAUUUUUUUUCUUUGGAUUAAAAUACAAAAAUUGUUUGGAAAACCGAAACGCACAAAAAGUUUACGGAAAAUUGGCAAUAAUCAGCAACAUUCAGCAGUAACAGUAAGCAGCCAAGCAACCGAAGAAGAAAAAAUCGGAAGAAAAUAUUUCAGUUGUGUUCUUUUCCUUUUCGAUUUUCCCUGAAAAAAUGUAAUUACUCCGGUAUGCAUAGCUGAUUUUCGUCCUAAAAAUCAUAGAAAAAUUGUGUGGCUAAAACAUUGUGUCAUUUUCAUUCGGCUCGUGUGCAUAUUGCCAUUUCUUAAAGGAGGGAAAAAGAUGGCAUUGAAUGCCAUGAAGAACAACACAGAAAAAUUUGUAUAUCAGUGAAAUGAAGUAGUUCCAGAUCGAAUGGUCUUGGUCAAAUAACGAGAAAAAAAUAUUGGAAAAAAAAAGAACGGAGCUCUCUUCAUUUGGUUCACAUCAUUUUUUUUUUUUUUGCAAUGCUCACUUGUUCGAUCACAAUUAUACAAAGCCAAUGUUUUUAAAUGAAUUGGAAACUGAUACCGAUUAUUGUGAUCUAAAUUGUUUCUACAAUCGAGCAAGCCUGUUAAAGCGCUAAUGACAGUCAAAACAAAGUGUAUAACGACAGGAUAAUGUCUACAAAUGCAUAAAAUAGAAAUAUCGUUGAAAAUUGUGCAACAAAUAAGAAAUCUAUCGACAAAGUUUUAGUUUCUUCGUUGUUUUUUUUUUUCGUAUCUCACAUACACUACUCUGUGUCUAUCCCGUUCAAAGUGGCUAUUUUUUUUUGUGUGUGCCCACGACCGUAUCCCAAGGCUUUUAGAAAGGACGAAAUCGUAUAUCUGAAAGGAGAAAAGACAGAAGAAGAAGAAGCAGUAGCAAAAAAUAAGAAGAAGAGGAAGAACGGAAACACUGUUGAAACAAUAUUAUAAACGGCGACAGCAUCCACAUCAUCAUCAUCAACAACAAAAUACAUACACAGCAUGAAGAGACGAAAUGCCGAAUUCGGGAAGCUGAGAAGGCCCAUGAAACGUAAUAAAAUUGCGGAAGGAAUGUACGGAAGCAAUACAUUUUUGUACGUGAAAUAUUUGAUAUUAUGGGCCAUUGUGAUCACAGCUGACUUCAUGUUAGAUUUCCGAUUUGAAUUUUUAUGGCCAUUUUGGUUACUUUUACGAUCUGUUUACGACUCAUUCAAAUAUAAAGGACUAGCAUUUACAAUACUCUUCGUAUGCAUUGCUAUCACAUCAGAUUUAGUAUGUCUGUUUUUUAUACCAGUUAGUUGGCUCUUUUUCUUGGCAAGCACAUACGUGUGGGUGCAAUAUGUUUGGCAUGCUGCAGCCGAUAAAGGAUUCUGUUUGCCAACCAUAUUAUUGUGGGCAUUGUUUUUGUACUUGGAAGGAGCCAUCCGAUGGCGAGACGACAAAUCCAUUCCACAUGUAGAUUUGUGCCGGCCAUUUGCAGCACAUUGCAUUGGAUAUCCCGUAGUUACAUUAGGGUUUGGAGUAAAGAGCUAUGUUGGCUAUCGAAUACGGCAUCGGAAGCAACGCGAGGUGGCGAAAGAGAAUGAAUUUUAUAUGCAACUGCUACAGUUUGCAUUGCCAAAUGAUGAGCUACUUCAUGCACAAAUGAAACAAGCGCCCGAAAUGCUGCACUCGGACAAAUUGGGCGAUAUCGAUCUUCCGGUUUCAUCAGCGAUCAUAGCACAACGAAUCCAGCAACAACAACUACUGAUGAUGUCCAGUUCACAUGCGUCUUCAUCCAGCAACUCAGCUACAUCGUCAGUGGUGAAUGCGAAUGCAAAUAGCACAUCAACCUCAUCAUCAUCAUCAUCAUCAUCAUCGUCAUCAUCAUCAUCGUCAUCGUCAUCAUCACUAAACUUUAAUCACAACAACAAUCACAACAUUAGAAGUAAUGGUCACAGUAAUCACAAAGUCAAUGGUCAUACCAUGAAUGGAUUCUCAUCGUCCGUAUCUGUAACGUCCUCUCAACCUUCAGCAACAGGCACAUCAACAGGUACGACGUCAACAUCGACCAUACAUUUUAGUCAUAACAACAGUAGUAGCAACAAUAACAAUAUGAACAGCAGUAACUUGAAUUUAACGGCGACGCACAAUGGCUUUGGUCUAAAUCAUAAUUCGAUGAAUCAAACGCAUCAGAAUCACUUUAAUUCCACCAACAGCGGCAGCACCAGCGGCGGUGCUGUCACAUCAUCAUCGGUGCUGACAUAUCGAAGUAAUCGACGCAGCAUGGAUCGAAGUGACAAUAAAACUAGUGAUACAAAUUCUCCGUCAUCAUCAUCACCAGCAGCAGCAGCAUCAUCAUCUUCAAUAAGAAGCACAUUGUCAUGUAAUGACCCGAUACAGGAGGGUAUCUCGCAAUCACGUUCAUAUUUCAUUAUGUGUUUGCGAAUCAUUUACAAAACGUUCAUCAUGUUUAUCAAUAAUGGAUUCAAUAAGCGGCGACCGGCCAAUUUGAAUAAUAAUCCAAACGGCCGAUUGCCCGAAUCGUUGUUCAGCCGAAUUCUGUCCAUACUAAGGUACAGAGUGAUCGGCGUUGACAUGAACAAUUACAGUCAUAAUGACAGUGGCACCGAACAGGCUAGCUAUAUUGAGCGCAUUGACGAUGAACAUAUGGAAAACAGUGAUCUACCGGCUAAUACAACUGCAAACACAAAAUUGACUACAUCAUUUACACCAUCUGCUCCAGUGGCUGUUGAAUUGCCAACAGCAUCGAACUCCGGCUACUCAAGUGUACAGCAGCAACCAAUUGAUAUGGAGAAAUCGGUGUGCAAACAAAACGGAAAUACUGAAGCCGACACUCAGAUCAAUAGUGUGGAAAGUAAUGGCACAAAUAACAUCACAGCGGAAACGACCGAACGAAACCGUGGCCGACGAAAUCGCGGAAAACAAAAGGAUUCACAGCAGCAGCAGCAACAACAGCAACAGCACACAACACAAAUCAACAAAGACAAUCACAGCCAUGUAAAUGUGGUCCGAAAUUCAUCGCCACUAUCACAGCAAAUCGAACAUUGUGAAUCAUGCGGCCGUCUCGAGGUUGAACUCAAGAAAGUGCGCAGUGAAGUUAGCCAUCUCAAGCAAAUCGAAAAUGAACUGCGACAAAAGUGUGAUCAAAACUCAACGGCAAAGUCAUGUUUGCAGGCCAAACAGAAAGAGAACGAUGAAUUGGAGAAAAAAUUACAAGAGCUUACGAGUUCGCGGCAAGCGGAUCGUCAAACGAUGCAGCAAACUGAUCGCAAGUUAAUCGAUGAACGACGUCAACGGCAAUCUCUAGAGGCACAGCUGAACAAUGAACGAAAGCAACGCAAAUUGGCCGAAGAGAAACUCUCACGGGUUGAUUGUAGCGAAAACUGUAAAUUACGCAAACAGAUGCUAGAGAACGAAUGCAAGCAACUGCGACGUGAUAUUUCAUCGAUCGAGGAACUGAAGAAAUCGGCCGAACAACAAAGCAGAAACUAUGAACAAGAACUGCGAAAAUUCGAGGCGGAGCUGAGAUCACGUGAAACCCGCGAAAGUACUGAAGUCCUAAUGUCAGCCCUACAAGCAAUGCAAGAUAAAAACACCACACUGGAAAAAAAUCUGUCGGCAGAGACACGAGUUAAGCUGGACUUAUUCUCGGCUCUAGGCGAAGCGAAGCGACAACUGGAAAUUCGUGACAGUGUUAUUCGGCAAAAGGACAAAGAAGUGGUAGAUUUGAAGUCAAAGAUAGCGCAACUGUACGCGGUGAUGCCAUCAGUGCCAAAUGAAUCGUAUUUACCACAAUGUACGUCGACAAGCAGUACGAUAUUACGUUUGAGUGAUACGAGCCCAGCACCGCAAUUAUCACAUUCGGAAUCCAUGUACGGUUCGAAAAAUGAUGUGGCAUAGAGAGAAAACUGAAACAUUUACGGUAGAGCACACAUUUUUACCAUAAAGUCUCUCCCUCCGCCCCCAAUCGUCCCAGACCUCUUCCUCCAAUCCUCUCCCGCUCCGGUCAUCACAACUGAAUGAAUCUCACCGAGAUAACGUUUUGACUCGUCAAUUUUGUUCCAUUCAGAGAUCUUAGUGAUAAGCUAGUUGUUUUCUUCGUCGCGAGUCGUUAAACGUUCAUCUCUUUAUACAAAAAAAAAACUGAAUUCAUUUUCUUGCUGUUUUAAUUUAACAAUUACAUCAUAUUUUCUUUUGCUCUCGUUGUUGAAAAUAUCAGUAAAACUGAAAAGAAGGAAAAGAAAGUAAGAAAAAACUAUUGAAUCGAAAUGGUCGACAUACGAUUAUUUUAGCGUUGCAUCUCAGUUGCUAAAUAAUCGACAUUGAGAAUAUCUUCCAUUGAAUUCCUACCCACACAUACAAGAAACAAAUUUUUCUGAAAAUAAAAUUUCAAAAUUCGCUUCAAUGCGCACUCUCUAUUAGUUUACAGAGACAAAAAAAAAUUAUUAUAUUAUUAUCGAGUUGGAGAAAUGUUCCACCGAUUGCGAGCAACCAAAUGGGCUGAUACUGAAACAAAAAAUCACACAUAAUCCACAUUUCAAUGAACAAAGUUCAAUUUGAGCAUAUAUAGAUCUGUUUUUCUCUCUUGGUUGCGUGGAAAUAUGAAUAUGAACAAAAGAAUUCGUUUAAAAGAUUUAUCGUGUGUAUGCGUGUGCAAAAGUUGCGCAUUUAGCGCAAAUUAGCGAGAUAUAAUCCAUUUUAUUUUGUUUCGCAUGAAUUUCAUGAUAUUAACAAUUUCUCGAUUAAGAAAAGUCAAAGGCGACAUUUUCAGAAGAAAAAACACAAACCAAACUUUCAAAAUGAACAAGAAUAAACAAAAGAGAAAGAGGAAAUAAUAACAAAAACAACAACAACAACAACAACACACAUACAUUGACUGAUUUUUACACUUUUUUGUAUAUUUUACAACUGUGAAUUUGAAAACAAAAAACAACAAAAUAAUAGUUUAAUUUUGAUUUAGAUUCGUUUUAUGCUAUUAAUUCUUUCUUUUUUCUCUCUCUCUCUCUCUCUCUCUCUCUCUCUCGUCUUAUUGCGCUCCCCUUCCUCUUUGUUCUUCGUUAAUUUAUUAUUUAUAAUCGUAUUAAAUUAUAAUAUCUCGGACUUAAUUUUUUUGUUGUUGAGAUAGAUGAUGAUCAAUGAACUAACUGUGCUAUUUUUAUAUGAUUUUCAAAUGAUAAUGACCGAAAAAGAAAACAUGAAAGUGAAGUUGAACUGAUGUACGAAAAUCUGGAUAUAAAGAAAAAAAAAAGAAGGAAAUUUCAAGCAUUCGAAUUAAAUUGCAUGUACUGUAAAUAUAUUGUGACCGAAUCGCUGUUGAUAAACAUGUAAUAUUUAAAAUGGUAACAUAAUGAGAAGAAGAAAAAAAAGAACAUGGUGAAAAGAAAA